AUGGGAAUUAGUUCCACAAAUCCUCUUCUUGUGUCCCUUAACUUGAAGGGUAGAAGUGUUGAUGGAAACAAUAAGGAAAUCAUAAGCAAGGCUUUGGAAACACAAGCAAGGAGAAGGUGGCAAAUGAGGGUCGCGACAAAGAAGAGGCCUAGUACUAGGAGAAGCAUGUUGAUGAAGAGAAGGGCGGCGCGUCUAGAUGGACUGAGAAGGCCGCGAAACGGUGUCAGAAAAAGGGUCAGAACCUUGAAGAAGCUAAUACCAAACAGUAGUAAUGAAUUCAAUGGUUUGGGAGGGUUAUUCGGAGAGACAGCUGCUUACAUAUUAUCUCUCCAAAUGAGAGUUAAAGUCAUGCAGAUUUUGGUUCAGACAUUGAGUACUACAGGAUCUGGUGAUCAGUGA